AUGGACGAGGAGAAGGGUCGUCGUCGGUCCAGGGGUUUGAGCGGCCUGGAAAAGUGUCUGAUAUUUCUCUUUGUGGCCAUGACCGGCGCCUGCAUCGGCCUGGUGGUCGUCUACGUCAUUGAGAAAGCUGACUCCUCUACUCAUGCAGAAGGGCCGGACUCGGGGUGUGGUGGUCCUCAGGAUCUGUCUGGAGAGUCAGGCACCUUCACCAGCUUUAACUACCCCAGUAGCUACGACAAUGGAAAGAGCUGCACCUGGGACAUCACUGUGGACCCUGACAAGGUGAUCCAACUGUGGUUUGAGGAGUUUGCUUUGGAGGACACCAAGCUCUGCACGUCAGACCACGUCACACUGAGAGACUCUCUGGGAACCAUUGGUAGAUACUGUGGCUACACCAAACCGAAGCUGGUGUCACUUACAAACCACUUGAAGGUGUACUUCGACACCAAUGAGAGAAAAACAGACCAAGGAUUCAAGGCUCAUUACAAAGCUGUGGCUCCAGAGAUGGCACCAGAAAUAGCCGGAGCUGGUGGCUUCCUCCAAGGUGACCAGGGGGAUCUGAUGACCCCCAGCUUCUCAGAGCAGAACUACCCGAAUGGAGCACUAUACCAGUGGAGAAUCACGGUGCCUGAAGGCGAGAGGGUUCGACUCACAUUUACGUCAUUUGACCUGGUCCCUGAGGUCUGUGGAGACUUUGUUCAGGUCUACGAUGGUCACGAGGCCGGCUCUUCUUCACUCAAUAAAUUCUGUGGUGGGAAGAUGCCAAAGCCAGUGGAGUCCAGUAGCAACACAAUGGUGGUCCGCUUCAAAUCGGACAACACUUUGACGUCUAAAGGAUUCAGAGCAACUUACACCAAGUCCAGCCUUCCACCUGUUACUACCACCACCCAAAGACCCACCACACCCGGACCCACCACACCCAGACCCACCACCCAAAUCCCUCCCACAACUUCUGGAGGUGGUGGUCCAGUAAUCCUUCAAGGGCGUAAAGGAGUGGUCCAGUCCUUGGGUUUCCCAAAUCCAUAUCCUGCUCAUCUGAACAGCUCCUGGAAGAUAUCAGUGCCCAGAGGAUUCCUGGUUAAACUGCAGAUUACUGAGAUGGCCAUCACAGGAGAGACUGGACAAUGCAAGGAGGACAAACUGAUCAUCUCAGAUAAAUACAGCACAUUGGGCACACACUGUGGCUACAUCCUCCCCCCAGUGGUGGUCAGCUCCAGUGACACAAUAUCUGUCACCUUCCAGUCCGACAGUCGCCUCACAGACCGCGGUUUCUCUGCCAGGUGGGAAGCUGUGUAUCCUGAGGAUAUCACAGAGAUCCAGGGCUGUGGCAUUUCUUCCAAAGAGGAAACAGGAGUUAUUAAGUCCCAGAACUGGCCUAUGAACUACAAAGCUAACAGCGAGUGCAUGUGGAACAUCGCUUUGCCUUUGGGGAAGAAAAUCACACUGGCGUUCACCCACUUUGACCUGGAAGCCAAAGAUUUCCUGACAUCCAAAUGCUACGAUAACGUAGUGGUGUAUGACAUCAAUAGUAUCACUAAUGCGCUACUUCAAACUCAUGGUCCAUUUUGUGGGACUAAGCUGCCUCGUACCAUCCAGACAAAAGGCAGCAGGCUGCUGAUUCGUUUCCAUACAGACUUGUUUACUGAGUCCAAAGGCUUCAGAGCCUACUGGACAACAAAACCCAGUUUGCCUGCUCCCACUGAGCCACCAGUUCAGCCCAACCCCUGGGACAACAUCACCAUAGACUGGUCCAUUACAUGUGGGAAACCAGCCAUUCCUCCUGUUGUUGUGUCACGCAUUGUGAACGGAGAGGAUGCCAAGCCACACUCCUGGCCCUGGCAGGUGUCCAUGCAGGUCUGGCCGUCCAGUCGCCCAGAACCAACGUUCUUCCACACCUGUGGUGGUACUCUUAUUCAUAAGAACUGGGUACUUACAGCAGCCCAUUGCUUCAUAAACUACGCUGAUGAGCUGCAGCGUUGGCGCAUGUGCCUCGGCAAACACAACCUGACCUACGCAGAGUCGAGUGAACACUGCUUCAACGUGUCUGGUAUCUAUCGCCAUGAGGGCUUCAAGUAUCCCCAGGUGCCCACAGUGGAGUUUGACAUCGCCCUGGUCAGGUUGGACGGGGAUGUGAUACCCAGUAAUGAGAUCUCAUACGCCUGCCUUCCCUCCGAAGAGGAAGUCCUACCUGCGGGCAAGAAAUGCUACGCCACCGGCUGGGGAGACGAGACCGGCGAUUCAAUGAAUGCUAAAGUCGCAGAGGCCCUUAACCAGGUCGCCCUGCCUGUUGUGCCGUAUAACACCUGCAAGAGGAUGGAUUAUUGGUGGUUCCAGGUCAAGACCUCCAUGAUCUGCUGCGGUUAUACCCUGCCUGAUGAGCUCAAGUCUGUCUGUCAGGGAGAUUCAGGUGGUCCUCUGGUGUGCCAGGACGCUCCCAGUGGUCCGUGGGAAGUUCAUGGUAUAACCAGCUUUGGCCCUAUUGGAUGCAUUAUGAAUAAGAAGCCCUCCGUGUUCACCCGCUCCUCUGCCUACCUCCCCUGGAUCAACAAUGUCAUCCGCAGAGACAUCUACAACGAGCACACAUCUGGCUGUGGAGGGCCAAAAGACCUGACUGGCACAGGAGGCACCGUGUCCUCUAUGGGUCAUCCCGGCGGCUACAACAACAAAGCCCGCUGCCAGUGGACCAUCCGGGCGCCCCUCGGCAAACUGGUCCACCUCCAUUUCCACAAUUUCUCCCUGGAGGAGAGUCAGCUUUGCAUUAAUGAUAAAGUCAGCCUCAGAGACAGAUCAGGAAGUCUAGGCACACACUGCGGCCAUGUUCCCCCUAAAGACCUGGUGAGCGAUGGAGACACACUUCACAUCAGCUUCUCCUCCAACGACAAGGUGGUGGACACCGGCUUCACUGCCACCUGGAGGGUAGUGGACCCUACAGAGGGUGAGACAGGAGACAAGUCUCCAUGUGGAGGGAGCUUCAGCAGUGCUCAGGGUGAAAUCACCUCUCCUAACUGGCCCGGUGACUACCAAGCCCAGUCUGUGUGCACAUGGCGUAUCACCAUUCCUUCAGCGAAAACUGUCCACCUAGCCUUCACUCACUUUGAGCUGCAAGCUAUAAACGUGUUAGGAAACUGUGUGGACUACGUGGAGAUCCUCCAUGGAGAAAGCAUGGCGUCACUAGGUCGAUUCUGCGGCUUUGCCCUUCCGCCCGCCACCACCAUCUCUAGCAACUCAGUCGUCAUUCGCUUCCUUAGCAACGGAGCCAAUCAACAAAAGGGUUUUCGUGGUUAUUGGACCACUGAUGCCAGUGUUGUCCCAACUUUACCUCCUCCACCUGCGAACCCAUGGGACAAAAUCACUAUCAACUGGCCAGCAGAUUGUGGAAACCCAGCAGUGACACCCAAUACGGCCAUCACGAGGGUGGUUAAUGGGGAGGAGGCGAUCCCCCACUCCUGGCCCUGGCAAGUCUCCAUGCAGGCUUCACCAAUGUUUCCCAUACCUUACAUGCACGGUUGUGGAGGUUCUUUGAUUCACGAAGAUUGGAUCCUAACUGCUGCUCACUGUUUCAUGUUGUAAGAUGCAACUACAGAAACACCUACAGUACAUGUCGUUUUAAACGCCCACAGUUCUUUGAAGAGCAAGUCCAUUUUAUUUGGAUUUUAAGUUUUAAUAUCAUUCUGUAGCUUCACAGUGGUGUUCCUUAAAUAUUCAAAUUUGAACAUAAAAAAUUUGGUCAAAGUAUGUAUAUUUUCCCGAGCCCUUCUAAAAACCUGACGUAGG